UGCGCACAAGUUUUGGCAGGACAGAGGGGGCUCUCUGCGGGGCAGAACUAUAUCAAAGACCCUUCAAACACAGGAAUACUUCCACCGUGCCUUAACAAACCAUCUGUUUGUCAACUUUGAAGUAUUUUCAACAACCCCCGAUUCGACAAUGACUGCGACUGUUGUGUCCUCCUUCUUCGACUACGAAGUGAUGAAUAAGAACAAUAAGGUGAUGAGCUACAACAGUCCCCUCUCCAGUCCCCAUUUACAGUCUGUCCCCACCACCGGUGCCAAUACCCCCUUUACCCCCACCGGGUCCCUGCUGGACAGGAAGGUGGUGGGUACCCCUUCAGUGGGACUCUACCAGCGCCGCCACUCCGUGUCCAUUACCAGUUCCAAAUCAACGCAGAACCAAUUUAUCAACAGCCUCAAGAUGGACGGCUCGGCUUCCAUGAACGGGAGCAGCAACAACAAGGAGAACCGCUUCCGCGACCGGUCCUACUCUGAGAACGGGGAGCGUCUAAGGCCGAGCAACAUCACGUGCAUUAGUGCCAACGGAAACAGCCAAGUUAACUCAAGCCGCUAUAAGACCGAACUCUGCAGGCCCUUCGAGGAGAACGGCACUUGUAAAUACGGUGACAAGUGCCAGUUUGCCCAUGGGAUGCAUGAGGUUCGUAGUCUAAAUCGCCACCCCAAGUACAAGACCGAGCUCUGUCGCACCUUCCACAGCAUUGGUUACUGCCCAUACGGGCCGCGCUGUCACUUCAUCCACAAUGCAGAGGAGCGCUGCGGACCCCCUCCUCUCUCCGCCUUCAACAAGAUGGAGCGCCCCCGCCUUCAUCACAGCUACAGUUUUGCCGGUUUCCCAAGCUCAGGUGGCUCCCAGGACAGCCCAACCUCUGUCACACCUCCACCCAUAUUUUCCACCGAAGAUGUCAAUGAGUGGCCCAGCAACCCUUUCACUUACUCCAGUCAAGAGCUUGCCAACUUGUUUGCGCCCAGUUUAGGUGGCACCACUGUUCCUGAUCUGCCCGGUCCUCAUUCUCCCACCGCACCCUCCUUCUUCAGGCCAAUGUCCGAGUCGCCCCCAAGCCCUCCGGAUUCCCUCUCCGACCAGGAGAGUUACCAGAGCAGCCUGGGCAGCCAGAGCGGAUCCGAGUCACCUGUGCUGGAUGCCACACGUCGCCUCCCCAUCUUCAGCAGACUCUCCAUCUCUGACGAUUAAAACCUGCCCUCAGGGGUUUCAGGCAUGAGAGAGAAAGCACAGAGAGAGCUGGCGAGAAAGAGAGUAAUUUUCCUCCUUGCAAUCCCUUCCUGUCCUUGCUUUGUUUACAGCAGAGAAGUGGACUAAAGUACAGUGUUCUCGUAGCCACUGAGUCAAAUCAGAAAACCUACUACCCUGUAGCAUCAACCAUCGGCGUAUUCCCAAGCCUCCCUAGACGUCUUUAACACGCCUGACGUAAUGCAAAAACAACGAACUGUUCCCCUCAAGGCCCACUUAAACGUUGAGGUCUCAAAAUCCUCACUGGAACAUGUUAAACGAAUCCAUAUUUAGUUCAUAGUGUUCGAACUAAAAAGCAGAGUUUUCAAAAUUGUUCAAGGACCUUCUUGUUCGAAGAAUCUACUGAAUAUUACAGCAACAACGUGCUUUACAGACCUGGAAGUGCCACUUUUCUUGCGGAAGACCCUCGCCGGUAGAUCCUCGGGACUUUAAGUGCCUAUCAAACAAUUUGUUUCCUACUUGUUCAAUCACAUUGAUUUUCGGAGAUCUGGGGUAGAAAAGGUUUAAAGAAAGAAUCAAACCCAUCUUAGAUUUGUAUGAAUCAUUCUGAAAGAUAUUUGUACGUCUAGUGGUGCUAAAUGCGCUGUCACCGUGGUAAUUAUCCCUAGAACAUGUGAUCCCUUGCGCUAAAAUAGUGUGUUCUGGUUGUUGGAUUAUGUAAGAGAGAUGUCCUUCCUGUUCAUGUUACCACUAAAGAUGUGACUUCAGUGGCCACUAAUUGUUUCAUUGCAAACAGAUCGUUGAAUUGUUCUAUCUUUAAUUCAAUAUUGUAUUUCCCCUAUUAUUGUUAUAAUAUAGUUAUUAUUGCAUCAUUACAAUUAUUGUUGGUAUUUUCUGUUUGGAAAUGAGAACUUUAAAACUGAAAGUUUUGCUUGUCAGUGCUUAUUUAACUUAUCAAAAUGUAUUUAUUGCUGAUUGUAAGCAUUUUUUUUAAUUUUGUUUGUAUUUAUCUGGAUAAUGAAACAAUAGAAUAUAUUUUCCUUUAUGUUAAAUUAUGAUCUUCCGUAUUAAUCGUAAGAUUGUGAAGACCUUUUUUUCGUUAAGUUUCAACAGUUAAUAUAUUAUACUGCAAUGACAUUUUGUAACUACAUUUUGAUUUAUUUUUAAAGUGAAACUUAAUUUAAAAUGAGAAUGCAAAGAGGAUUGUUUUGCAUUUUAUUUAUUAUUUUUCUCCCUAAUGUUGGACUGCAGUUUCAGGAUGUUUAUGCCUCUAUAAUCCAUUAUUAUUUGGCUUCGACCGUCUAGAAUGUAAACCGAGUUGUCUUGACAAUAACAGUCCUGUGCCUGUGAUUUUAGAAAUCUGAUGUUUAGACUGGGAUCCUCUCAUUAAGACUCCUUUUGGUAUGAACAAAUAGUAGACAAUAAAUGCAUUAUAGUACAAAUCUCAUGACCCUCGCAGUGGUCCGAACCUCUGAUCGCAGCAGCAUUUUGAUCUAAAUGGACGGUUAAUAAGGGAAUUGUUAAAUAUGCAUUUGUGUAUUUAUUUUGCCCAUUUUGAAACCAUGUUAUGUACACCAGCAAACAUGUGUUGUUUUGAUUUGUUAUGACUCAAAAUUCUUAUUUAUUUACAGAUUUUGGACCACUUCUAUACUUGCUAAGUGCCUAACAGUACAUUCCAAGAGUCUUGAACCUUUUUAGGAUUGUAAUCCAGAGUCGUUAUAUAGAUUUUAGUUGAAAUUCGGGGUUAACAGGAUUGACAUUGAGCUAGCUACAGUUGAAUGUGUCCUAUGUUAGCAGCUACUGCUGUUCACAUCAAUAUGUUUCUUUUGUAACGACAGAUUGCAGUUUAAAUCAAUAAAAUACCUAUUUAUAAGCAAA